GAGCCCCCGCGAUGGGCGGCCCAAUAGAGGAGCCAGGAAAGAGCCAAGCCUUCUGAGUGGGCGGGGCGCCCCAAACUCCGGUUGGCACCUUCCCCUUGCAUCAUGUGAGAGAGAGAGAGAGAAAGAGAGAGGAGAGAGUGCGUCCUUAGUCGCCAGCUGGGACAACAUGGUGGGUCUAUAGUGUUCCAAGCUGCAUCAUUUUCAACUGACCUACUUAACAGUUAUAUAUACCUCAAUCUACAUACUUGUUUAUGAGAAAGGAACCAAUGGUCUCGGUAAUUAAUAGAGAAUCAGUGUCUUCUUCAGGAUCCUUGACGGCCUCAGUUUCUGUGCAGCUAGACAAUACCUCAGAUGCUGUCAAGCCUGCAAUGUCACCACUAAAUCUGCAAGACUACAGUGGGGAACAAGUGUUUAACCCAGAAGAUGUUUCCAACCUAAUUUGCACAUCAGAGAUGGGUGUCUCAUUAUCAAAGGUAAAGAAGGAAAUCGAGAAACCACAGACCACUGUCUAUGAAGCUUAUCUCAAACUACCAGAUGUGUGCACAGAACUCUCUAGGGACUUCAUCCCGACCCUGGAGGAGAUUGAAGAGUUCCUGAAUGAGAAAAUGGCAGUUCUCAAGAAUGAGCUCAGUGAGAAACAGCCAGUAGGAAGACAGUUUGAGAUAAAAUCUGAAAUCAACCUGGGAAGCCCUGGAGAACAGUCUGUUACUGGAACCACUUUGGAUGAUGGCCUUUCAUGCUCUGUUCAGGCUGGCGUCACAAGCAUACCUGGAACAUUGGGAACUAUCCCUGUUGUCCUUCAGAUCCAACCCAUCCAAGUGACUGAAGGUGAUCCGUCUACUCAGGGUCUUACUGGGGGCAUAAGAGUGACACAAUUGGUCAUCAAAAUGCAAGGGCAGAGCUUGACUAUUCUUCCUCAGGUUGUCCAAAGCCCUACCACAGGCACAGACCAAAAGUAUGUCCGCAUCGCCCCUUUGCCUGUGGCAUUGAGACCUGGAGUUCUUGGAAGCACAAGGAGCACUGAGGCCAAACUCCCCAAGUUUUCUUCUUCCACUAUCCGAGUCCACAAGUGCACACAUCCUGGCUGCACCAAAAUGUACACCAAGAGUUCUCACCUCAAAGCACACUUCCGACGUCACACUGGGGAAAAGCCUUAUAUAUGUACUUGGCCAGACUGCGGCUGGAAGUUUUCCCGUUCUGAUGAGCUCUCUCGCCACAAGCGUUCUCAUUCGGGACUGAAGCCUUACCAGUGCCAAGUCUGUGAGAAGAAGUUUGCCCGCAGUGACCACUUAUCCAAACAUAUGAAAAUCCACAAAGGGUCAUUCAGUUUGGGAAGUCGGACAGUGCAAGGUUGUAUUGGAAACAGUUAACCCUCCCUUGGCUGCUGUCCCAAGAGAAGCUUCUCAGUGACAUCUGAUGGAAACACAAAAUAUGAUUUUCCUCUGGGAAGAAAGGAGACAAGGAACUCAUAGCUUAAAAUAUAUGGAUGGCAUCCACCUGAACAUACCUUACAGUCACUCUUGAUAAUUGUGAGCCUUUCUGCAACAUUUGAAGAAGGAAUGCAACAUUUAAAGAAGUUGUGGUGGGAAGAAUACAAUUCUCACUUUUAAAUUUUGGAAUCAGGACUAUUUUAAAGUAUUUCUAACCAUUUUGCUAUUGUGUACGCAUGGGAUGAUAAGUGAAACAGGAGUGCCUCUUUCAGCAUUUCUGUUUCCAUCAGCAUCCUAUCUUAUCACUCUGUCAGUGAUCCUACAAUGUAAAUGAACAUUAAUUUUCAAUAAUGCCACUAUAUGGACGCCUGCUAAAAUUGUGGAAGCAAGUCUGAAAAUUAUGAAAGGUAGAUUCCAAAACCAAGAAUUCCUAUUUCUGUAUGAAUUCUAAACUUCGUUGUUUUGAAAUAUGAGCUUCACCUUAGUAAAACCGUUUUUAGCCCAUUA